AUGUACUAUUACAGAAACUAUUAUGGUGGCCUGGGAUAUUAUGGCUACAGCUGUGGAUACGGUUAUGUCUGUUGCUUUGGUGCCUUUAGAAUCUUGGAAUGUGGCUACAGAUGUGGCUGCAAUAGGUAUGGACUUGACUGCUGA